AUGGCACACCCUCAAUCACGUACUGGAGCAAUGGCUCCACCUGAUUUCAGACACAGACAUGGCAACAGCCCUAGAACUCCAGCCAGCCCAACUGUGGAAGAACUUCUACGAGCUGACGAAGUAUCUAGGUGGUCGCCACACUCACCAACUUUUUGGAAGGACCAUGAACUGGAGUAUGAUCAAUACCCCAUUCACAAGAAAUCAGUUAUUGCCAAAGUGAAGGAGAGGGCCAAGAAAUGGCGAAGCACUCUCAGCAAGAAGAAGCAUAGUGACGAUGGCAACCCCACUCCUUCAUGGGGUGUUAGCCUGGAUGAUGAUGAAGAAGAUGAUGAAAAUCCUGAAUAUCUUGGAGCACCAAUGUACGAAUCAGAGAUGGCUCCCGAGGGGUAUAAGGAGGCAGCUAGACAGCAUCCAAGAGCAAUUCCUGUGAUAUCGGAGAAGCAUGCUUUGCCAAGUAGUGUGACCUGUGCUGCUGAAGACAAACCAAUAACUGAAACUGUAAGCGGGAAAGAAGAAAAUAAGAACUGUCCCAAGACACUAACUGAAACUGUGGGAGAGAAGCUGGCACCAGCAUACGCUACAGUAUCUGAUGUCUCCCAUGCAAUCGCUUCCAAGAUUCAAAGCCUUGCUAUUUCAACCCCUGAAGCACCAGCUGCAGCAGGAUUAGACCCUGUGGAAGAAGGAAGAGCAGCAUUAUCUGUAGUAGUACCAACAAAAGCAGCAAUCGACCAAGUUGCAUCAGAUCCAGCCCGAGCCCCAAUAGAUGCCGCAUCUGGUAACCAUUUCAGAACCGGAGAGCAAAAAUGGGAUAAAGGAGUUUCGGUGAAGGAAUAUAUAAUGCACAAGUUUGAGCCAGGAGAAGAUGACAAGGCACUUUCUCAAGCGAUAUCUCAAGCAAUAAGUCCAAGGAAGGUUGGUGGUGAUGCGAGUGUCGUGGAUAAGGUGAAAGAUGCUGUUAACUCUCUUCUUCGGGGCCCGGAGUCCUCCCAACCUACAGUUUACCAUUCAGCUAAGAACUCAUCCUCAAAUAUUCCCAUCUCAACUGACGCUCUUGAAGUUACUGAAGAAGAAAAUCAUGCAAGAAUACUUCAAGCCAACUGA